UCCAUCGUUGUCACUCUGGCACAGCACAGCUCCUAACCCGGAGUUGGAUGCAUCUGGUAAACUCGCGCUGGAAAUCCGGAGCUCUCAAGACUGGGUUGGUUAUCAACGCCUCCUUCAGCUUCCCGAAUGCCUCCUCGCAGCUGCUGGUCCACUGGAUACUAUCAGCAUUCUUCUUGCGUGAUGAUGAACAGGAGAAGAAUUGCCCAGCAUUAUCUGGGGCAACCUGGGCAGGAACUGAUAAUCAAGCGAGAAAACAGAGGAAUGAAAAUCGGAGUGGGCAGGCAUGGCCUUCACAUGAAAGGACUCACACUGGGGACAAACCUCAUAAAUGCAUGGAAUGUGGAAAGGGCUUUAGUCAAAUAAGUAACCUUAGGACACAUGAAAGGACUCACACUGGGGACAAACCUCAUAAAUGCAUGGAAUGUGGAAAGGGCUUUAGUCAAAUAAGUAACCUUAGGACACAUGAAAGGACUCACACUGGGGACAAACCUCAUAAAUGCAUGGAAUGUGGAAAGGGCUUUAGUCAAAUAAGUAACCUUAGGACACAUGAAAGGACUCACACUGGGGACAAACCUCAUAAAUGCAUGGAAUGUGGAAAGGGCUUUAGUCAAAUAAGUAACCUUAGGACACAUGAAAGGACUCACACUGGGGACAAACCUCAUAAAUGCAUGGAAUGUGGAAAGGGCUUUAGUCAAAUAAGUAACCUUAGGACACAUGAAAGGACUCACACUGGGGACAAACCUCAUAAAUGCAUGGAAUGUGGAAAGGGCUUUAGUCAAAUUGGUAACCUUAAGGCCCAUGAAAGGAUUCACACUGGGGACAAACCUCAUAAAUGCAUGGAAUGUGGAAAGAGCUUUAGUCAGAGUGGUGCCCUUAGGUCACAUCAAAGGACUCACACUGGGGAGAAACCACAUAGAACUCACACUGGGGAGAAACCUUAUAAAUGCCUGGAAUGUGGAAAAAGCUUUAGUCGAAUUAGUCACCUUAGGACACAUGAAAAGACUCACACUGGGGAGAAACCACAUGAAUGCAUGGAAUGUGGAAAGGGCUUUAGUCAAAUUGGUAACCUUAAGGCCCAUGAAAGGAUUCACACUGGGGACAAACCUCAUAAAUGCAUGGAAUGUGGAAAGAGCUUUAGUCAAAUUAGUCACCUUAGGAUACAUGAAAGGACUCACAGUGGGGAGAAACCACAUAAAUGCCUGGAAUGUGGAAAGACCUUUGCUCUGAGUGCUGCCCUUAGGUCACAUCAAUGGACUCACACUGGGGAGAAACCACAUAAAUGCAUGGAAUGUGGAAAGAGCUUUAGUCGAAUUAGUCAGCUUAGGAUACAUGAAAGGACUCACAGUGGGGAGAAACCACAUAAAUGCCUGGAAUGUGGAAAGACCUUUGCUCUGAGUGCUGGCCUUAGGUCACAUCAAAGGACUCACACUGGGGAGAAACCACAUAAAUGCAUGGAAUGUGGAAAGAGCUUUAGUCGAAUUAGUCAGCUUAGGAUACAUGAAAGGACUCACAGUGGGGAGAAACCACAUAAAUGCCUGGAAU